AUGGUCAACAAUCGUUCACGUGAGGUCAUUUCUAUCCAUGUUGGACAGGCUGGUGUCCAGAUGGGAAAUGCCUGCUGGGAGUUAUACUGUCUCGAGCAUGGAAUUCAACCAGAUGGAAUGAUGAAUGAGGAAGAUAGUUUAGGAGUGGAUGAUGAUUCUUUCAACACGUUUUUCUCGGAAACGAUGGCAGGCAAACAUGUACCACGCGCUAUAAUGGUCGAUUUGGAGCCGACCCCAAUUGACGAAAUCCGCACCGGAACAUACAAGACUUUAUUCCAUCCUGAACAACUUCUCACUGGAAAGGAGGACGCUGCUAACAACUAUGCCCGUGGUCAUUAUACGAUUGGAAAGGAAAUCAUCGACGUUGUUAUGGAUCGUGUACGACGUCUCGUCGAAAAUUGUAGGGGACUCCAGGGAUUCUUAGUGUUCCAUUCAUUUGGUGGAGGUACCGGAAGUGGUUUUACUGCAUUGUUGAUGGAACGGUUGUCGGUGGAUUAUGGAAAGAAAAGCAAGUUGGAAUUCUGUGUAUAUCCAGCACCGCAAGUUUCAACCUCUAUGGUUGAACCUUACAAUUCAAUUCUGACAACUCACACCACUUUGGAGCAUUCUGACUGCUCAUUCAUGGUUGAUAACGAAGCAAUUUAUGAUAUCUGCAGAAGAAAUUUGGAUCUUGCCAGACCAACAUACACCAAUCUCAACCGUCUUAUUGCACAGGUUAUCAGUUCCGUAACUGCCUCAUUACGUUUUGAUGGUGCUUUGAAUGUAGAUCUCACUGAAUUUCAAACGAAUUUGGUACCAUAUCCAAGAAUUCAUUUCCCACUGACGACAUAUGCACCUAUUAUUUCUGCUGAAAAAGCUUACCAUGAGCAGAUGACAGUCGCCGAAAUCACUCAACAAUGUUUUGAGCCUGGAGCUCAGAUGGUCAAGUGUGACCCAAGAAGAGGAAAAUACAUGGCGUGUUGUCUUCUCUUCCGCGGAGACGUAGUGCCAAAAGAUGUGAAUGCUGCAAUUGCAUCAGUGAAAACGAAACGUUCAAUCCAAUUUGUCGAUUGGUGCCCAACCGGAUUCAAGGUCGGCAUCAACUACCAGCCGCCAACUGUGGUCCCUGGCGCGGAUCUCGCUAAACUACAACGUGCUGUUUGUAUGUUAUCCAACACAACAGCCAUCGCCGAGGCAUGGGCUCGUCUUGAUCACAAGUUUGACUUGAUGUAUGCGAAGAGAGCAUUUGUUCAUUGGUAUGUUGGCGAAGGAAUGGAAGAAGGAGAGUUCAGUGAGGCAAGAGAAGAUUUGGCCGCUUUGGAGAAAGAUUAUGAAGAAGUUGGAUUGGAUGCUGGGGAACCUGAUGAAGAAGACGAUUAUAGUCAUAGUCAUUAUUAA